CAUUGAUAGCUCACAUUAAUAUUAAGAGAGGUCUAACACUAUAUUAUUUUGAAAUCAAUUUGGACUACAAUUUUUGCCUUACAAACCUUUGGAUUAAGAAUGGGAUUCAUUCACAGCUAUUGGAAUAAACACUGAAAAAGGUGAAGCAAUGGAUUACAAUUUCAUAACUCAAUCAAAGCAUCAGGACCAAUGGCAACUUGAAAGAUAAUGCAAGCAUUUGCCUUUAAUGUGUACAUAGCACGUGGAUUGGGCUUCUGGGUCUUGUUUCUUUAAGGUCCUUAUUUUGUUACAUGCUGGAAAGACUUUGGAGAACAAUGGGAAACUAUGUCCUGUUUGUCUGGAUUUCUGCAAUCUCCCUGGGAACAUUAGUAAUUAGUGCAGACAGUAAAAAGAGCAGCGCUUUCCUCACUGAGUCAGAUCCAGACCGGUGUAUGCGGCACCACUAUGUGGAUUCUAUAAAUCACCCACAGCACAAAUGCACUGCAAAGAUGGUGUUGCUUGCUCGUUGUGAAGGACGCUGCAGUCAAACCUCUCGCUCUGACCCUCUCGUCUCCUUCAGCACUGUUUUAAAGCAGCCCUUUCGCUCAACGUGCCAUUGCUGCAGGCCUCAGACUUCCAAGUUAAAAGCCAUCCGCCUGCGCUGUUCUGGAGGCCUUCGUCUUACAGCCACAUACCGCUAUAUUCUCUCUUGUCAUUGCGAAGAAUGCAACUCUUAGAGACUAAUUACAAAGACAACUGGAUUGGGAAAUUGUAAAGAUGGACAGACAGUACCGAUAAUAUGUAAAAUAUAUUUUUAUUGUUUGUUGAAAUUAUUAAGUGAAUUAAAUAUAAGCAGCACACAUAAUAUUAUCAGCCAGUCUGAAAUAAAAAA